AUGAAAUCGGACAAUUCAGGUUCGUGCGAAGUUCGUUCUGAAAUGGAGUGGUUGGUGUAUUGCAUAGUUUUAGCCAUUGGAUUUCACUCAAAACCACCAAAUGACUCCUCCCACCAUAUUAUGAUGUUCCCCAAGUUUUGGACUCAAUCCGAUAUCGAUUGGUCCAUGAAAUCGGACAAUUCAGUUUUAGCCAUUGGAUUUCACUCAAAACCACCAAAUGACUCCUCCCACCAUAUUAUGAUGUUCCCCAAGUUUUGGACUCAAUCCAAUUUCGAUUGGUCCAUGAAAUUGGACAAUUCAGACAUUGGAUUUCACUCAAAACCACCAAAUGACUCCUCCCACCAUAUUAUGAUGUUCCCCAAGUUUGGACUCAAUCCGAUAUCGAUUGGUCCAUGA